CUCCGGUCGCCGUCGUUGACGACGAUUCCGGUCUCGUCAGACAACUCCUCCCUCGCGCAUCGUCCACGUGAGGGAGGUUGUUGUGGUGUGAUAGAGUGUGGUUACAACACGCGGUCACGUCCGAAAGGAAAAAAAAAAAGUCGUAGACGUAGAUCAUUGGUCUUCGCCGUCGAAUACACUCGAGGAAGAAGAAGAAGAUAACUGGAACUCGCACGCCCCCGACAUUUGGCGCGCACACGUCCUCCAGAACAAACAAGCAACAAGAAGAAGGGGGAGAGAGAAAAAAAACGACGCGAGCAUAACUGUCUGUCUUUCCCCCUCCCACCCACAACCUCCAACAGAUCUCAACAUCUGGUGCGCCCGCUAGGAGGAGCCGACGGGAAUAAAAACCCCCGUGUAGUUCGCGGUGCGCGCGCGCGUGUGUUUUCCGACACCCGGGUGUCUCUCUCUAUCCUCCGAAGACGACCACCAACAACUCAGGGUUUCGCGUCGACGUAAGAGAGAGAGAAACCUUCAUCCGUCCGCGGUGGAAAAAGCCUUAUCGUUCUUUUCUCUCGUCGGUAAUUGUUAGCUCCUCUCUCUCUCUCUCUCUCUCUCACCCCCCUCAUCCCUUCCUCCAAGCUUCCUCCCCUUCUAUUUUUUUUUACUCUUUUCCCCCCCGACCGACGACGACGACGGCGAAGACGUCUUACUCCUUAUCGCCGCCUCAUGCGGGUAUCUCGUCGCAGGAAGCCUGAAGUCGACGGACGGGAAUUUCCCCGUCAGCCCCCGUCGGGUGUGGACGCGUCUGCGCAUCGCGUGAAAACGUGCGAGACGGGCGGACAAGAUUUUCCACCACGUGGUGGAAAAGUCCUCGGGUCCGGGGUUUUUUAAACGGUUUGGCGCGGAAGAAUCAAUCUCUCGGUGCACUUUUCCCAGAGUUGUUCACCGAGUCUUGAGACACUCGCGGAUUAUUAUUCAAACGAAGACUCGACCUGGAACAAACUGCAAAGCGUUCUUUCGUGGUCAACCUGAUUUAAAACGACUUCUGAGUUGUUGUUUUCUGAGUGCUUCGUGGUAACAACAAGGGUAAACCCCGUGCAUUCAGCAAGAGUCCAAAAGUGUUGUCAGUAUGCAAAUAAAUACGUUAAACUCAGUUAAGGUAAGUUUUUCCACGAUUAAGAAGUAUAAAUUUACCAACCUGCGUUCUUUGGUAAAUUUAAGGUAAAAAAAUAUUUUUAACAGUGUACUACGUGGGUGAGGAAAAGUUUCGAAGAUUUUUUACCAAGAUACCAAGAUAAUUUGUAACAAGCAUUGUUAGUCAAUUUACGGUAAACAGUUUUUGACAGUGUACUACCUGGUGAGACGUGCCCGUUUUAUAUUUUUGACACGUGGAUGUUGUAGUUGGUGUGAAAAUAGUCGCCUGCGAAAAACUCGAAGAACAAGACAGUUUUACUCGUGAUUUUUUUUUUUUUUUGGUUUUCAAAUUACGAAGAUAGUGUAUGCAUCUUCCGUUCGUAGUUCAAGGUGACUUGCACGUGUGGUCAUUGUGAGACUGUGGUGAUCUUGGGACAGUGGCUUGGUGAUCAUGGUGACCUGAUGAAGGUUGGUGUGAUCGGUGAGGAUCAGCGGUGUGAUCAUUGAGGAUCAGUGAUGUGAUCAGCGAGGAUCAGUUGUGUGAUCAUUGAGGAUCGGUGAGGAUCUGCGGUGUGAUCAUCGAGGAUCAGUGUGUGAUCAUCGAGGAUCAGUGAGGAUCAGUGUGUGAUCAUCGAGGAUCAGUGUGGUAUCGAGACGUCGAUGGAGAUCCUGGACCGGAGGCGCAGUUCUUCCUCGGCGUCUCUGUCCUUCGGGGGGCGGCUGCGUCGCGCCGGGUCCGUGCGCGCGUCCCUGCGCCUCGUGGGCGCCCGGUGGCGGGCCGGGGGCGGCGGGGGCGGCGGCUGCGUCGACCGGCCGGAGCCAUUGCCCGCCGCCUCCGCCACGUCUCCGCCCUGCGACGCCCGGGUGCAGGUGCUGCGAGUCAGGCCGCUCCGCGGGUCCGAGGACUGUCCCGCCCCCGGGGGCGGCGAGGCUAGGCGCCGCCCCAGCUCCGUGCUGGCGCUCGUGCGCCGCAACUCCAAGGCGACGGUGGUGCUGGGGCUGGCGUCUCCGCCGCCGCCGCCUCCUCUGACCAUGCAGCCGCCCCCGGCCAGGCGACCGCCGCCGCUGCUGCCGCAGAACUCGAUGCCGCGCCUCCCCGUGCCGCCCCCGGGGGCGGUUGCGGACCGGCGGCGGGAGGACGCAAGGCUGCCCCCGGUGCUGCCUCGCCGCCGCAACUCCAUGUGGUCGACGACCAGACCGAGCCUGUUGCAGCGAGAAGGAAUGGAGUUUCUGGUCGAUGGGCUAAAUCUUAACAAAACUACUAAGAAGAAGCUAGACAAAGAAAACAAAAUAAAUAUUCAUUUGCAUGCCCUGUUCGCUGCAGUUGAACAUGGACACGUAGACAGAGCGAGAACCAUACUGGAAUCAACGGACGUCGACGUUAACAGCGUGAACAGCGACGGCCUGUCGUUGCUGGAUGUGGCUGUUCUGAACAACAACCGACAGUUGGCGAAAAUGUUGGUGGCUUUCGGCGCUCAGGAAGGCAACCAGUUCGAGUGCCCGGAGCUGCUGGGGUCGCACCUCAGGAGGCUCCUGGCCGAGGCGGAGACCAAGGUGCAGGAGCUGGGAGGGGGAACGCUCCCGCCCGACGACGCUUCCCCCUGCAACAACAACAUCAACAACAACAACAACAACAACAACAACGGCGGCGGCAACGUCAACAGCCGGGCGUCGUUCAGCGUGAUGGGCGGCGGCGGCGGCGGCGGCGGGGGAGGGGGCGUCGCGGCAGCCGCCUCGGCGGUGACGGGCUGCAGCGGCGGCGGGGGAGGGGAGGCCGCCGCGGACAAGCAGCUCAUGAUGUGGGAGCGGCGCGCCAAGGGCCUCAAGAAGAUGCUGCUGGGCUUCGACCAGGCCCGACCUCCCGACGUGCCGUUCCUCGUCGCCGUGGACGUGACCGGGACGAACUCCGUCAACGUCCGGUUCCAGGAGCCAGAGCAGCAGGACUCCGCCAUCUGCACCAAGUUCAAGGUCCAGUGGAGCCUGAACGAGAACUUCAGCCCGCUGGAGGGGGAGCUGGAGAUCCUGGACAUGAAGCGCCUGGAGUGCCCCGUCCCGGACCUGAGCCAGGGCCGCCGCUACCACUUCCGGGCGGCCUGCGGCAACCUCAAGGGCUACGGCCCGUUCCGGCUGUCCUCGCCCGCCUCCGUCGUCCCUUCGAGCUGGCGGGACGUGGAGGGGCGUGAGCCGCGCUACACGGGCCGCCUCAGGCUGCUGGACGACCUGUUCAACGACAUCCGCUGCUCGCGGCCGGAGAACGCCUCGGAGAUCAAGGCCGCGCCGCAGCCGGGCGAGACGCCGGGCGCCCAGCGGAGGAACCAGCGCAAGAAGACCACCAUCAAGCAGCUCUUCACCGUCGCGUCCAAGUUCCAGAAGAACCUCCGGAGAGGUGUUUUCCUGGCUUGCCUACUUUAUCACGAAGACAAGGUGCUCGUAACCAAUGAAGAUUUCCUUCCAGUCAUAGAAGUCGACGAGACAUAUCCUAGUUGUAUAUACAAUGAUUUCCAUUGGCUCAUGAAGGUUGCCUGCACGUGGGACGACGUCAAGUCCCUGCGGCAGGACAUGGAACGCAGUCCCAGCUCGUCCGCCGUCCACUUCCGGAUCAAGCUGCUCCAGGCCGCUGCACAGAUGCAGACGGCGCUGUGCAUCCAAGACCUGGGCCAGCUGUACCACAAGCCGCUGAGGGACGCCCACGGCACGCUCGUCAUCUCGACGGUCAACCACGUGCGCUCGCCCAAGGCCGUGUCCGUGCUGAACUCGCGCUGGCUGCCGCUCAGCAAGGUGCAGAGGAAGCUCGCCACGCACGAGGACCUGAACGUCGGCGACAUGCUCAUGGCGUCCGUGCAGGAGCAGAUAACCUACCACCAGGUGAGCAGCAUAAGACUGAGCCGCGGGCUGUACCUGGGCUACCUCAAGAUGCGGAGCUCGGUGGACCUGCUCCAGGUGGUGGUGCCCUGCAAGACGCCCAACGUCCUCCCGCACUGCAAGAUCCGGGACAACCCCCACGUCUCGUCGGAGGAGUGGGAGUGGCUGAAGCGGCAGGCGGCGCGGCACCGCCCGCUCGGCAGCGACGAGGGAGCGGCGGGGGAGGAGGAGGAAGGCACGGAGCAGCAGAGGGUGUUUGUGGACCUUGUCGCCGCCACGGCCAACCGGCUGUUUGCCUACAUGGAGGUCGGCGUGCAGGAGGCGCUAGCCCACAGGCUGUACGACGCGGAGGUGGUGGACCUGAGCGGGGGAGUGUCGUUCCUGGUGGCCGUGCCGCCGGCGGAGAGCGCGUGCGCCGCGCCGGGCCAGCAGGACCGGCUCCUUCAGCGCGGCGACCUGGUGGCGCUGCCCGUGCAGGCGUUCGAGAUGGUGCACCUGGGCACGUACCAGCGCGACCUCGUCUGCCGCUACUCCCGGCUCAGCUGCAUCCUGGAGCUGGACACCGCCCUGGCCCACCACAGCCACCGCGAGGCGUUCUCGUCGUCCGAGGUGUCGGCGGCCCGGGACCGCCUGUCCCGCCUGCAGGAGCUCCAGGCGCAGCUCAACUCGGCGUGGAAGGGCGCCCGCUGGCUCAUGGACGUGCUGACGUUCGCCCGGGACCGGGCGGGGGGCUCCUCCCCGGCGGGGCUGACCAUGGGGCGGCUGCUGUCCGCCGGCGAGCGGCAGCAAGGAGGCGGCGGCGGGGGCGGCGGGGGGCUCAAGCGAAGCCUGCUGCAGCUGCCGCCCCGGGACCCCAAGCUGGUCAAGUCGAGCGCCAGCCGGGGCAGCUGGCCGGGUCCCGGGUCCGGAUCGGGCGGCGCGGGGCUGCUCGGAGCGGAGCUCAGCAAGAGCGAGCAGCACCUGAGCGGCGGCGGCGGCGGCGGCGGCGGCGGCGGGGGAGGCGGACUCCUGGGCAGGAAGCACAGCGGCGGGGGCACCAGCUCCUCCUGCUCCGGGUCCAGCCAGUUCCCGGGCCGCAGCGGGGAGAGCUCCGCCGCGGACGUCCGCGUGUCCGUCAGCAACGGCAGCCUGGCCCCAGGAGCGGCGACGCGCCUGCCCCCGUCCCGAAGCGAGGACACCCUGCUGCUCCAGCGCCCGGGCGGCGUGAGGCAAACCCACCACUGCCGCCCGCGCGCUUCCACGCUGGCCGCCGGCUCCUCCCCCCCAGCGCUGCCGGCCCACCAGCGCGGCUCGGCCCGGUCCCUGUCCUCGGACGAGUCGGGCCCCGCAGCCGUCGCCCCCGCCGCCGCCGCCGAGGACGGGGAGGAAGGGGACACCGUCCCUCCCGCCGUCCUGCCCGUCCCCUCGUCCGGGGUGUUGCAGGUGUACGCGGCGUACGAGACGGGCCUGGCCAGCGGCACGAGCCUCAAGAUCCACGUGACGCCGCGCACGACGGCGCGCGAGGUGGUGGACCUGGCGGUGAGGCAGCUCAACGUGGCCGUGCUGCUGCGCGGCGAGGACGGGCCCGUGUACGGGGAUGACCGGCUGCCCGGCUUCUGCCUGGUGGCGGUGAUCGGGGCGCGCGAGCGCUGCCUGCGCGACGACUUCAAGCCGUUGCAGCUGCAGAACCCGUGGAGGAAGGGCCGGCUGUACGUGCGGCGGAAGCAGGACGUGUUGGCGGCCCUGGAGCAGAGCUCGAGGCACUCGGCGUACUUGUAGCGGCCCCUCCGCGCGCCUCUCUCUCUCCCGUGCGACCGUGCCGUUUCCCGUUACCCGUCUGUGUGACCCUGGAGACCCUUACCUCCCUCUCGUGCCCGCGGUGGUCCGGACAAGUGAUUCACCAACGAAACUGUGUAACAGUAGAGACCCGUACCUCCUUCUCGUGCCCACAGGGGUCCGGACAAGUGGAUUUACCAAAGCGACUGUUUCAGCACCGGUAUCGGCCGAUAUUGGAAACUUUUUUUUUUGGAUUUCCUACACAUGCUUUGAAAUCUGAUAAAGGUACAAUUUUUAUCCAUUCAGUUGAGUUCCAUGUUUUUUUUUUUUUUUUUUUUUUUUUUUCUUUUCAAUUUACCUGUUACAGUUCCACGAGCAUCUUUCACGCUCGGAUGUUUCCGUAAAUUCGAGGCAACUCUUUGAAUAUUUGUGUUUUUUAAUCAGUCAAAAGGCAUAAUGUGUAUUGUGCUAUGAAGAAAACCUUUUUUUUUUUUUUUGUCGUCUGCCGGAAAUCCUUUCAAUAAAGAAUUUUACUGAGGAACGUCCAUAUCGCGUACAAGCGUUAAAUUUCUGGAGACUUGCGCAGUGAUUAUUUGCAAAAAAAAAAAAAGUAUUCAACCUGUUUUUUUUUUUAUUGGUUAUCGGAUCUUUUAAAGAAACGUGUCGGUAGUUUGUUCAGUAUCAGUUUUAAUCUGUAUAGCGCAUCACUGGUCCACACCACUCUGAGCACUCUAAGUGGCCCCACGCCAUUCCAUGUUUUUAGUAGCGGCCUAUUCCCCUCCGCACAACCGUAGUGGCCAUUCCGGGUACUCGUAGCAGUUAGUCAGGCAAAGGAACGGACGAACUGAAGUGUCUUGACACCUUUGAAACUACAAAGGCAACUGUUUCGAGACGGUGGUGUGUCGACACUGCGAGUUGCCGAGUCGGAUGAAAUUGAUUUGCGCUUCCGUAAAUGACACCAUGCGUGGUUCGCGGCCGAGGCGUCAGGUGGCGUGAUUUUUUUUUUUUUUUUUUUUUUUGAAACGCGGAACAGUGCGGGAGUCGAGAAACUGGUCCCGCCGCUAUCCGGCUCGUCGUGACACUUGUGAAACGGCGACAAGUCAUGAUGGCGCACGCUGUCCGUGUGCAGGCGCGCGCGCUCGAGACGUCUCGGCGCGUCGACGCGACGCAUCGUUCGACGCGACAUUCUGCGGUCCACGGUUCUCCGUGCACUCUUUGCGGCCCCUACGCAGUCCCAGCGGCUCCAAAGUGCGCGGACGGAAGUGUCUUCCGGAUCGACGCUUCGACGCGUGGAGGAGACCGCUUCACCUGCCCGGGGACGCGAAGAAGGACGCAGUUUCCCCUCUCAGGGUCCCCGUCUCGCUCUUCAUUUUAACGAGGGGCUGUCAUUCCCGAAUCUGCACGUUAAUACUUGAUUUCACCCAAAGCUCUGUGUGUGUGUCCGCAUCGUGUCCGGAGUCUUCACGAGCCAUUUACCGCAGGCUGAAAACACUUUAAAUUAUAUUUUUCCAGAAUGUACGAAACUUAACUGUGUGUCACACAAAAAAAAAACGUUCUGUGAUCCGGGAGGUACACGUUAGGGUGCAAUAUGUCUUUCUCGUUUAUUUCAGACUGUUAAUGUAUAUUUUCUUAAAAAAAAAAAAAAAAAAAUAUGUCUUCAAAAUAUAUACAUGUUCUUUAUAUUAUACUAUUUAUUGAUGAUUUUGCACUAUAAAAGGUGUUUACCAUUAUUUGUUAUGACUGAAAUAAAUAUAACUUCUGUUUUGUGCUUACAUGUGAAAGAAAAAUCACUCGAAAAAUAUUUAGUUCAUGUAAAAACAAGUUAAAAAAUUUACUUAAUGUAUAGACCAUAUAUAUUUAAUGUACACCAUUAUUCAGUUAAAAAAGUAAAUUCAUACAAACAAUUUUUUUUUUUUUAAUAAACGAAAGUUAUAAUGUAGGUUUGUUUUCUCAAACAUUAUGUAAAACUUUAAAGAAAAUUAGAAAUUAAAAUGUUAUUUUUGGUUAACAUAGAAAGAUGUGUGUGUGUGUCUUGAAACACUUUCAGCCAUUAAUUGCUGGUAUGGCAAACCACCUGAAAUUAAAUCUAGCUAGCUUCAGCACGUCUACUACUGUUUACUGUCCCUUUUUUUUAUUUUAUUAUUUUGAAAGUGUUUCCCUCUUCGUCUGUCGUUUUAAAAGAGCCUUCCAGCUCAAAAAAAAAUAAUCUGUGGCCCUGUGAAAAAGAGAUCGCGCAGGUGAGCCGCAGAUACAAGACGUGUGAUAAUUAUGUUACAGUCACAGACAGUUGGUGAAAACAAAAACAAGUGCAAGGGACGAGAAAUGGACUUUGGACCUUAUGAAGCUGUGUUGGUUGAACUUGUAGAUGGUGUGUGGCGCGAACCACACACAAAAAAAAAAAGCUGUUACAUUGUUCCUAGUGCAAUAUUAUUUUAUGUAUGUUACAAAUUGGAUUGUAUAUACAUGUAGUUGUAUUUUUUUUUUGUUGCUUCCAGCACCAUAAAGACAGAAUAUCUGAAGUUGAUUUUGUCAUUAGUUCAUUGUACAAAGUCAAUGCAUAAUGUUAGCGCAAAGUGUCCGUAAAUGAGUAAAAACAGGAAAAAUCUGGAAUUGUCAGGAAAUUUUAACGUAUAGUAGACUCCCGAUUAUCAGGGUUUGCAUGUUAACCAUGCCGUUAUUUCACUUCCGUAAAACAUAACAAAAAAAUUUUUAUUUUUUUUACUAUUUGUAUGUUUUUAUAUUUGUGAUCUAUCAAUGUGACAGAGCAUUUUAUGCUGUGAUUCAAGAUGGAAAAUGCUGCCAUGCACAGUGCAUACGUAGCUGGUAAGUGUUGGUAUGCAUCGUGAACUUGGAAACUGCUGGUGCAAAAUAAAAAUACACCCCUGUAAGCCGUGCGCUUUGCUGUUCCGUGACUCAACGCGAGCAAUAACUGGACUGCAUAGUUUCAAGGCAGCAGUCACAACGCAGCUGUAUAUUUUCUCUCUUGUAAUCUUUAGACAGUAAUGUCCAAUAAAUGCAGACGAGUGGUUUUUUGA